UCAGUAACCGCCCGACAGCCGCGCCGGCUGCACCUCUGUUCUAUCGAUUUAAAUUUGGAACGCGUUCCAUCAGUGAUGGUCGGUGAAGACGGAAGCGUUCAUAACAGAUCCCGUGUUGUUGUUUAGUUUUUUGGGAUAUGAAUGUUUGAUAUGAACCGAACAUGUACAACAGCAUGCCGAGACUGAAGAGAAGGGAGACGUGGAAGAGGAGAAGCGGGCUGGACACCUGGUUCGGAAGGCCGAAGAAGACUGGAGGUGGUAUCGACCGUGGAUACGACACCGUGCCCCGGGCGGAACUCAGGCCCGAUGAUGAGGAACCGGCCACGGAGUACACCGCCAAGAUAGACGCCCUCGACGACGACCAGCUGGAGAGACGGUUCGAAGAAAUGCUGACUGACAUGAACAUAGGAGAGAAGAAGAAGGAGCCGCUGAGAAAAUACUCCAGAGACCAGAAGAAAAAGAUGCUGGUGGCUUACAAGUUCGUUAACGCCCAGGAGGGUAGGUCGAAAUUCGAGAAGCCCGCGGACUACGUGUCGUAUCUGAACCAGCCAGAGUUAUCGGUGGGUAAGCUGCACAGUUGCUUGGAGAACCUGAGGAUAUCCCUGACGAACAAUCCCCUGUCAUGGAUCGAGGAGUUCGGGCCGAAGGGUAUCGAGAGUCUGCUGACUACCCUCAAUGUCUGCUAUACUAACGAUUCCCGUUACGAUCGCGUCCAGUACGAGUGUAUACGCUGUCUCUCCGCUAUCCUGAACAACACGGUCGGUAUCAGAGCGGUGUUCGACUGUCGGGAGGCUCUUCCCGUACUGGCCAGGAGUUUGGAUGCCAGGAAACCACACUGUGCGCUGGAAGCUGCUAAGGUGUUGGCAGCGAUAUGUCUCAUACCGAACGGUCAUGAGAAGGUUCUGGAAGCUAUCACAAUGGCCGGGGAGUCCAGCCGCAGACCGAGACUGCUCCCCAUCAUCGAGGGUCUGUCUCCGAAGGCCCCUGAGAGUCUCAAGAACGGCUGCAUGCAGCUCAUGAACGCUAUCAUAACUGAACCGGAAGAGCUGGAGUUCAGGAUGCAUCUGAGGAGCGAGUUCAUGAGAACCGGCCUUUAUGACCUGAUGGACUCCCUCCAGGCGGGCGCGGAGGACGGCGGCCGGCUUAUCCAGAUGAACGUCUUCGACACCCACGCUGCAGCGGACCAAGAGGAGUUCCUCGCCAAGUUUGAUGACGUGAGGGUCGACUUCCACGAUGUCAACGAAUGCUUCGAGCUGGUUAAGAACCUUGUUGUGGAGACGCCCGCGGAGCCCUACCUGCUGUCCAUACUGCAACACCUGCUCUUCAUCAGGGACGAUGAGCUCAUCAGGCCGGCGUACUACAAGCUGAUAGAGGAAUGUGUCACGCAAAUAGUCUUACACAAAAACGGAUACGACCCCGACUUCCGGUUGACGCAGCGGUUUAACAUAGAUGUGCAGCCGCUGAUAGAGGGACUCAUAGAGAAAUCGAGGGCUGAAGAAGAGAGGAAGGUGGAAGAGCUGAAGAGUAAGCUGGAGGCGGCGAUAGCUGCCAGGCAGGAGGCGGAGGCCAGGGUCGCGCACCUGGAGCAGAGACUGAAGACGGCGCCGCCCAGCGGCCCGGGGGGAGUGACCCAGGGGAAUAUAGCCGCUAUAGCUAAGGCGAUAGGGAGCCCCGGCGGGCCGCCGCCCCCUCCCCCGCCGCCGAUGCCAGAUGGCCCUCCCCCACCUCCCCCGCCGCCGAUGACAACAGGUGGGGGACCUCCUCCCCCUCCGCCUCCACCCAUGCCGGGCGCUGGGGCCCCUCCCCCGCCCCCGCCCCCGAUACCCGGAGGCCCGCCGCCGCCGCCCAUGCCGGGGGGACCCAGGCCUCCACCGCCGCCCGGGAUGCCUUCCGCCCCAAGGAUGCCUCAACCGGAUGUACUCCCUCACGGUCUAAAGCCCAAAAAGAAGUGGGAGGUCGAGGGACCCCUGAAGAGAGCGAAUUGGAAAACCAUAGUCCCCCAGAAGAUGUCCGAGAAAGCUUUCUGGUUAAAGGUCCAAGAAGAUAAGUUGGCUUCACCGGAUAUACUGACGGGAUUAGCACAGAAGUUCUCCAGCAAACCGAUGGCUAAGAAGAACGAGGAUAACGUCGACAGGGCCCACACCCUCAAAAAGGCGAAGGACCUCAAAGUGCUGGACAGUAAAGCGGCACAGAACCUGUCGAUACUUCUGGGGGGCUCCCUGAAACACCUGUCGUACGAACACAUCAAGACCUGCAUACUGAGAUGCGACACCACAGUACUUAACGCUAACGUACUGGAUCUCCUGAUACAGUACCUGCCGCCGGCGGACCAGCUCCGCAAGCUGUCCGAUCUGCGGUGCUCCAGCGACGAGCUGACGGAGGCGGAGCAGUUCGCGGCCGUGGUCUCCGACGUGAAGAGGCUCGCCCCCCGGCUCAGGAGUCUGGCCUUCAGGGAGCACUACCAAGAGAUCGUCUCGGAGUUGAAGCCGGACAUAGUGUCGGGUACAGCCGCGUGCGAGGAGGUCCGCUCCAGCGUGAAGUUCGCUCGUAUCCUGGAACUGCUGCUGCUCCUGGGCAACUACAUGAACACGGGCUCCAACAACGCCGGCGCCUACGGCUUCGAGAUCAGCUUCAUCACUAAGUUGACGGCGACGAAGGACUUGGAGAACAAGCAAACCCUGCUGCAUUACCUCGUGAACACCAUAGAGACCAAGUUCCCAGAAGUACUCAACUUCGCUGAGGAGAUGCCGCACAUUGAUAGGGCCGCGAGGGUCUCGCCGGAGAAUCUACAGAAGGCGCUGAAAAAGAUGGAGAACGACAUCCGCUCGCUAGAGACGGACCUCAACAACUCCAGGGUUCCGCAGUGCGCUGACGACCUGUUCCACGAGACCAUGAGCAACUUCGCGAAGGAAGCCCGCGAGCAGUGCGACCUGCUGCACUCCAUGUUCAAGAAGAUGGAGUCGCUGUACGCCGAGCUGGCGGAGUACUACGUGUUCGACCCGGCCAAGUACACCCUGGAGGAGUUCUUCGCCGAUGUCAAGACCUUCAAGGAUUCCUUCGCGACGGCCCACCAGGAGAACGUUAUAGCGCGAGAGACCGAGGAGAGAGCGAGGAGGGCGAGGGACGCGCGGGCGGCGGCGGAGAGGGACAGGAGGGACCGGCAGAUGAGAUACAAACAGUUCGUGGACAUGGAGAGGGCGCAGGACGGGGUCAUGGACAGCCUGAUGGAGGCGCUGCAGAGCGGCUCGGCGUUCAGUCGCGAGAGACCGAGGAAGAAAGCCAAUCCCAGGGUCGCCGGAGAGGAUAGCGACGAGGAGCGCGAGCUCGUGAGGGCGAUAUUGAGUCGUAUCGAAGCUGAGAGACGAGCACAGCUGAACAGGUCGCGCUCCAGGUCCGGCCUGAGCGGGCCGCUGACGUCACGCGAGCUGACCAAUGAGCUGCUCGGGAACGCGUGACGUGCUCAAGUGAUAUUAGUGUUAUAUAUUAGUGUUAAGUGCCGCGGCCUGGCCGAUACAACCCGCCAUGCGCACACGCACACACACACACGCACACACACACACGCACACGCACACAGUCUCUAUAGUGAAGAGCCCUUGGGUCAUAAGUGAAGUGAGGCUUUAGGAAUCCGUGGUUGUGUAUGAUAUAAUCAAUUUUGAGGGUAGAUAUAUAACGCCAUGUAUAUAUGCAGGAUACUGUGUGUGUGUUCGUCAGGAAUGUCUGUCUGUCGUGUGAUAUACAACGAGUCCAAUCAAAAGGCUGUAUCUAGCUUAACUAGAUAUAAGUAGAUUUUUUUUUACAAUUUACACACACACACACACGCACACAUACACACAUAUAUAUGUGUGUAUACGUGUGUGUGAUCUUCGUUGACAAGUCUUCCUUUAUUAUAUUGUAUUCGAUUCCGGCCUCGUAAUAUAUUUGACAACAUUAUAUAAUCAUUGUAAUGCGAGCCAGCACCAACGCAUCUCUCCAGCAGCAGGCCGUCGCCCCGCGCACGCGAGCUCAUGUCGUCAUUCCGAGCGUGCCUCGGGCACGUUAGUGAUAUUUUUUGCUAACAAAUGCCUUAUUUGUAUAUACCUAAGGACUGUUUUUGUUUUUCAAGUCCCCGGCCUCGUGUCCCGGGCCUUAUAUUGUAUAGUAUAGUGUAACCGGUAGGCCUCACGUAAGUCCAUGUAUACAUAACACUUAUGUAAAUAUAUUUUUGUAAAAUGUUAAUUUUUUUUUUAAAUACAUUGUUUUUUAAACUC